AUGAAUUAAUUUUUAUUUUCCUUAUUGGUUGUCAUAACUCUCUGUGGCUAGCAGUAAGGUAAUUUUCUUUAAGAGAAACAAGAAAAUUAAAUAUUCACCAUAAAAUUAAAGGAGACUCAAAAAAUUGUAAGUAAUCCAACAAAAAUGAUAGGUGACAGCUAAAGAAAUGUAUGAUUUUCUAUCAACUAAACAAACAUAUUUUCGUUAACAUACUCCAAUUGACAUAUAGGAAAUAGAAUUUGGAGGAUAUGUUCCUAAACUACAGUAAAACGAGUAAACAAAGAAAACUUCUUUGAAACUACACAAUUUCAGGAAUACAUAAUUCACUGGACCAAUAACAGUAGGAGAUUAAGAAUUCUAAGUGAUCUUUGACACUGGUUCUGCAAACUUUUGGAUUGAUUCUGUUAAAUGCAAGAAUGAAGGAUGCAAAUAACAUACUUAAUAUAAACCAAGUUUGAAAUCUAAGCAUUUGGGAUAUGCUUUAAAUGUGGAAUUUGGUACUGGAGAUUUGAAUGGGGAAAUAAAUUCAGAUAUUGUUAGAUUAGGUGAAAUAGAGAUCGAAGACUAAAAUAUUGCUGAAAUAAUUGAAGAAAAUGGUUCAGUUUUUUAAAAUGUAUGAAAGUUAUAUAAAUUUAAAGACAGGUUUUGAUGGUAUAGUAGGAUUGGGUUAUCCAAGUAUGGCAGCCUAUAACUUUAAUCCAUUAUUUGACAAUAUUAUCAAAGAGAAGAAAUUGAAAUCAAAUCAAUUCUCAUUUUAUAUGAGUAACUAAGUCAAUAGUUAUGAAUCUUAAAUUACUUUUGGUGGUUAUGAUGUUACUAAACUUGAUGGUUAAGUUCAUUAUCAUCCAGUUAUUGAUAAAUAUUAUUGGAUGAUAUAGGCUGAUAAUAUAUUGAUUAACGGCAAAGAUUAGGGAUUCUGUCCUAAGGGUUGUAAAAUAAUAGCUGAUACAGGUACUUCAUUAAUCACAGGUCCUUUUGAAGAUUUGAUGAAAUUGCUUGGUAUUUUAAUAGAUUAAUAUUAGAUUUAACUAAUAUAAAUGAUGAUUGUUCAAAUUUGAAUUAGUUGCCUAAAUUGACAUUUAGAAUUGACGGAGUUGAUUAUGAUCUAGAUUCUAAAGAGUAUAUUAUGGAAUUAAGAGAUGAUGGUACAGAAAUACCAUUAAAUAAUGAUGUUUCAGCAUCAGCAUUUAUUUAAGGAACUUCUGAUAGAUGCAUAGGAGCAUUUAUGCCUUUAGAUAUUCCAGAUCCAUAAGGACCUGCUUGGAUUUUAGGAGAUAUAUUUUUAAAAAAAUACUUAAGUAUUUAUGAUAGGGAUACAAAUAUGGUUGGAUUUGGAAAGGCCAAACAUUGA